CAAGAUUUUGACAUUACAAAAUCUUUUUAUAGUGUGACUACGGUGUUGUUAUUCUGUGUCCAGGCAUAUUGCAUCAGGCUAGGUGUCCGGUUGUGUGUCUGAAUGUAAAUAUAGGAACAUGGACCAGCUGUCUGUAUGUUAAUCGAUGACUGUGCCUACUUUGCCUAAUAAUUUGACAUUUGUUUUAUUUACUUUGUAACCAUUUACAGUCGAUUACGAACCCUUUUGAACCAGGAGACUUUGAAACUGAGACAACCUGAAAUCAUAACUGUAUUCACAACUUUUCUUUUGUCGAGUGUGGAGUGUGUUUGAGUCAGUUUUUUUUUUUUUUAGAUCAAGUCAGGUUUAAUCGUCAUCAUGCCCAAAGGAGGAAAAAAAGGUGGCCAUAAAGGGCGGAUGAGAACCUACACAAGUCCCGAAGAAAUAGAUGCUCAAAUGAAAGCAGAAAAAGAACGAAAGAAGACUGAAGAUGAAGAAGGCGCGUCAGUGAAUGACACCCAAAGUGAGGACAAACUGACAGGUUCAGAGGACAGUGAUGACGAGGGGUCUCAGAAAAGGAAGGGUGUUGAGGGCUUGAUAGAGAUUGAAAAUCCUAAUCGUGUUGCCCAGAAAGCAAAGAAAGUCACAGAGUUAGUACUUGAAGGACCCAGACAGCUUUCCAGAAGAGAAAGAGAAGAGAUUGAAAAGCAAAAGGCCAAGGAAAGGUAUAUGAAAAUGCAUUUAGCAGGAAAGACAGAUCAAGCUAAAGCAGAUCUUGCACGGCUUGCCAUUAUUAAAAAGCAACGUGAGGAGGCUGCACUGAAAAAAGAAGAGGAACGUAAAGCAAAAGAAGCAGCACAGUCAGCGGCAGCAGUGGCUAAAGGAAUACAUACGAUGUCUCUCAAAUAAUCCAGACAUUGUGGAUUCUCAAAAGUUUUGAUGUAUUUGUGGACAGUAUACAACUAUAUUGUCAUUAUUAUUUUUGAAAACAAAGCUUGAUGAUGUGUUAUGCUAUGUAAGACAUUAUAACACAAUGUUCCAUUGAAGAGGAACAUUUCAGAGUACUUUAAUCCUGAAAGCAGGCAAUGCCUUUGCGAAAGCCCUGAUGCUUUCACCAAAGUGGCUAACUCGUAAUGUUCACUCAAUGAUAUUAGAAAUAUAGACAUAUUUAUUAAUAUAUUAACAUAUUGCCAUAUGCAGCUGAGUGGAUUUUGCUUUCUCAGUUUCAAGAAUUAUUAAUUAAAUAAAGACUAAUCUGUCCUCAGUUGUAAAGGACCUGGUAUAUUGUAGAAUGAUGUUCUGAUGGGAUUCUCCUCUUGAAAUAAUGUUAUGUAAAACAUAAUACCAAUAAAAAUGUCAGAACUUUUAU